AUGAUACAAGAGAUGAAACCCCCUCUCUGCGACGUGGGGGAGUUCCGUUGCCAUGACCGCCUGACUUGUGUCUCAGCUGAUUGGCUCUGUGACGGAGAGCUAGACUGUCCGGACGGGUCAGAUGAAAUGCUGGUCAGAUGUACAGGGGAAGUGUUGGCAGAGUGUCCCCUCAACCACAUGCAGUGCAUGGGGACGAGGAAGUGCAUUCACUUCCACAAGCUGUGCAACGGCGUGAGGGACUGUGAGGAUGGCUACGACGAAGGCGUUCACUGCCGCGAGCUCCUGCCGGAGUGCCACAGGCUGCGGUGUCAGUACGGCUGCAUCAUGACCAGGAACGGGACCUUCUGUUUCUGCGCUGACGGCUUCCAGGUGGAGAGGGACGGGCUGAGCUGCGCAGACUACGAUGAAUGCACCGUGUAUGGGAUCUGUAGCCAGACCUGUGUAAACACGUAUGGGUCCUAUACGUGCAGCUGUACAGAUGGCUACACCCUGCAUUCUGACACAAGAACCUGCAAGGCCAAAAUUGAGACGGGUGAGAGACCUCCCGUCCUUAUCGUGGGAAGCCUGGAACACAUCGCCAUCACUAACCUUAAUGGAUCCCUGCUGCCCAGCCUGCAGCCCCUGGACUCGCCUGGAAUUCUCACUCUGGAUUUCAGCUACAAACAGGAGUCAGUCUGUUGGGUAGUGUCCGCUGGUCAGCUGUGGUGCGCCAAAAUCGAGAAGCUGAGAGGUUAUUCAGAAAUUCAUCAGAUAAAAACAGAGCGGAAUCUGCAAUAUGUGGAGCAAAUGGCCAAAGACUGGCUCACCGGAAACUUCUACUUUGUGGAUAGAAUCAAUGACCAAAUAUUUGUGUGCAAUAACGGGGAAGACACGUGUGUUACAAUCAUCGAUCUUGACCUUCACAACCCUAAAGGAAUUGCGGUGGAUCCAUUGAUGGGGAAGCUCUUCUUCACGGACUUUGGGCAUGUGGGCAAGGUAGAGCGAUGCAACAUGGACGGCACCAACAGAACCCGGAUCGUGGAUCACAAGGCAGAGCAGCCCACGGCCCUGGCCCUGGACCUGGUGAUGAAGCUGGUGUAUUGGGCAGAUGUCUACCUGGAUUACAUUGAGGUGGUGGAUUACAAUGGGAAAAACAGGCACACCGUCAUUCAGGGGACUUCUGUGUCGUACCUCCGUGGAUUAACGCUCUUUGAAGAUUAUUUAUUUGCAACACAUGCCGAACCUACCAAAGGAUCUAAAGUGGACAUUUUACAAAUAAAUCGGUUUAACAGCACAGACAGACAGACAAUAACCACCAUGGUGAAUUCAGGAGAAAUACAUGUUUACCACAAACUGACCCAGCCAACAGCCCGGAGCCACGCUUGCGACACUGACGCUUUCGGGAAGGCAGGAGGGUGUUCCCACAUCUGCCUCCUCAGCGGCAGCUACAAGACCCGGGCAUGCCGCUGUCGAGCCGGCUUCAGCCUGGGGAGCGACGGGACGUCCUGCAAAAAGCCCAAGAACGAGCUGUUCCUCUUCUACGGGAAAGGCAGGCCUGGCAUCAUCAGAGGUCUGGACAUGAACAUUAAGUCCAGCGAUGAGCACAUGGUGCAGAUCGAGGAUCUGGUCAGCCCGCGGGCCCUGGACUUCCACGCAGAAACCAGCUACGUAUACUUCGCCGACACUACCAGCUUUUCGAUCGGUCGACAGAAAAUCGACGGGAGUGGCCGAGAGACUAUACUCAAAGUCGACCUGGAUAAUGUGGAAGGGCUGUCAGUGGACUGGGUGGGGAAUAACUUGUACUGGACGAAUGAUGGAUUCAGAAAGACCAUCAGCGUGGCCAGGCUGGAGAGUUCGUCCCAGACCAGGAAGACUCUCCUGGAGGGAGGCAUGUCACAUCCGAGAGCCAUUGUGGUGGAUCCUCUCAAUGGAUGGAUGUACUGGACAGACUGGGAGGAGGAUGAGGUGAACGAUAGCAUCGGGAGGAUAGAGAAGGCCUGGAUGGAUGGGUCCAACAGGCAGACAUUUGUCACCUCCAACAUGCUCUGGCCUAACGGACUCACACUGGACCACAGAACCAGCACCAUGUACUGGUGUGACGCAUACUAUGAUCACAUCGAGAAAAUCUUCCUCAAUGGCACCAGCAGAACGGUGGUCUAUAACGGCAAAGAGCUAAACCACCCGUUUGGCAUUUCCCAUUACCGUAACAACAUCUACUGGACAGAUUACAUGAACGCCUCCAUCUUCCAGCUCGACCUGUCAUCUGGAGACGUGACACUGAUGAGGAGAGAGAGGCCGCCCCUGUUUGGACUGCGGGUAUACGAUGCCCAAAGCCAGCACGGAGAUAACGCGUGUCGUAUUAACUACGGGGGCUGCGGUACACUGUGUUUGGCUGUCCCAGGAGGGCGGGUUUGUGCAUGCGCAGAUGACCAGCGUCUCGGCAAGAAUAACGUCUCUUGCUCAGCGAGCCCAUCGGGGGCGGAGCCACAAGGGUGCAAAGCCAGUGAGUUCCAGUGCCGGAACCUUCACUGCAUCCAGCUGGCCUGGAGAUGCGACGGUGACCACGACUGUGCGGACCGCAGCGACGAAGACCCGCAAAUAUGCCAUAACCGCAGUUGCCCAGGUGACCAGUUCAAGUGUCAGAACAACCGCUGCAUUCCCAAGAGAUGGCUGUGUGACGGGACCAACGACUGCGGCAACAAUGAGGAUGAGGCCAACUCCACCUGUUCAGCUCAGACCUGCCAGUCCGCCCAGUUCUCCUGCAGGAAUGGCCGCUGCAUCCCUGAAAGCUGGCGCUGUGACCGGGAGGAUGACUGUGGAGACCAGUCAGACGAGUGGUCUUUUUGUGCAUUCCCCACCUGUGAACCAAUCACCCAGUUCAGCUGCUCCAAUGGGAAAUGCAUCAGCAUGAAGUGGCACUGUGACUCAGAUGAUGACUGCGGGGAUGGCAGUGAUGAGCUGGGCUGUGUGCACUCCUGCUCCCAUGCCCAGUUCCAGUGCUCCAGCGGGCGGUGCAUCCCAGACCACUGGGCCUGCGAUGGGGACAACGACUGUGGAGAUUUCAGCGACGAGAACAGCACCUGUGGAGGACCAGUGUUGCUUCCGGCCAAUGACUGCAGCGGGGAGGAGUUUCACUGCCGCGGCGAGGGCACGUGUGUCCCGGAGCGCUGGCGAUGCGACGCUGACAAUGACUGCGAGGACGGCAGUGACGAGGCGGGUUGCCAUGGGACCCGCCGGGAGUGUGACCCCAAAGCCAAGUUCACCUGCACAACAUCAGGGAAGUGCAUCAGCAGGAACUGGGUGUGUGACGGGGACAGCGACUGCGAGGACCAAUCAGACGAACGGGACUGUAAGACCUCAGUCUGCAAACCCCCAAAAUACCCCUGUGCCAACGACACCUCCACGUGCCUGAUGCCGGGGAAGAUCUGUGACGGAUGGAAGGACUGCCCAGAUGGCUCAGAUGAGGGCCCUUACUGUGUCGAGUGCUCCCGGGAUAAUGGCGGAUGCAGUCACCAGUGCGCAGUGGCUCCUGGGAAAGGCAUAGCGUGUUCCUGUCCUCCGGGGCUCCACUUGGGCGCAGACGGCAAGGCCUGCGAGGCGGUGGACUACUGCGUCAGGCACCUGCGGUGCAGCCAGGUGUGCGAGCAGGUCAAGUCCACCGUCAAGUGCUCCUGCUACACCGGCUGGAGCCUGGGACCAGACGGGGAGAGCUGCCACAGCAACGAUCCGUUUGAGGCUUUUAUCAUAUUUUCCAUUCGCCAUGAGAUCCGGAGGAUUGAUCUUCACCGGCGAGACUACAGUCUUCUGGUCCCGGGCUUGAGGAACACCAUCGCCUUGGACUUCCACUUCACACAAAGCCUGCUGUACUGGACUGAUGUGGUUGAAGACAAAAUCUACAGAGGGAAGCUCUCUGAGACUGGAGGUGUGACCGGGAUUGAGGUGGUUGUGCAGCACGGGUUGGCCACACCUGAAGGGCUGGCUGUGGACUGGAUAGCGGGGAACCUUUACUGGAUUGACAGCAACCUGGAUCAGAUCGAGGUGGCCAAGCUGAGUGGGUACAUGCGCUCCACUCUGAUCGCUGGGGGCAUGGAGCACCCACGAGCCAUCGCCCUGGACCCUGGAUACGGAAUUAUGUUUUGGACGGACUGGGAUGCCACCUUCCCGCGAAUCGAGGCCGCCUCUAUGAGUGGGAGUGGAAGACACGUGGUAUUCGGGAACAUGGACGUAGGAGCGUGGCCUAAUGGGCUCACCUUAGAUCACCUGGAGAAGAGGAUUGUGUGGACAGAUGCUCGGUCAGACGCCAUUUACACAGCCUUGUAUGACGGGAGUGGCGUGAUGGAGAUUCUGAGGGGACACGAGUACCUCUCUCACCCCUUUGCCGUUUCCCUGUUCGAGGGGAGCGUUUACUGGACCGACUGGAGGACCAAUACUCUGGCCAAAGCCAACAAGUGGACGGGCCAGAACGUGACGGUGAUCCAGAAGACCAGUGCCCAACCAUUCGACCUGCAGGUCUACCACCCCAGCAGACAGCCUCGGGCUGCAAACCCUUGUGAGGCAAAUGAGGGGAGGGGUCCAUGCUCACACCUGUGUCUCAUAAACUACAACCAAACAGCAACCUGUUCCUGUCCUUACCUGAUGAAGCUGAGCCCCAAUAACAGGUCCUGCUCCACGCUGAAGAGGUUCCUCCUGUACGCCCGUCGCUCUGAAAUUCGCGGGGUGGAUAUCGACAAUCCUUACAUCAACAUCAUAACAGCUCUGACCGUCCCGGACAUCGACAAUGUGUCAGUGGUGGAUUACGACGUACAGGAGGAGAGAAUUUACUGGACCGACGUAAAAACUCAGACCAUAAAGCGAGCUUUCAUAAACGGGACCGCUAUGGAAACGGUCAUCUCUGGAGAUAUAUUGAAUGUUCGUGGGUUGGCAAUAGACUGGCUGUCACGGAACAUGUACUGGCUAAGCUGGGAGAGUGAUGAGACUCAGAUCAGUGUAGCUCAUCUGGAUGGGUCUUUGAAAACUUCCAUCAUUCAUGGCAUCGAUAAACCGAAGUGUCUGCUCGUACAUCCAGUCAAGGGGAAAAUAUACUGGACUGAUGGCAACACGAUAAACAUUGCCAACAUGGACGGAAGCAACAGAAAGAUCCUGCAGCAGAACCAGAGAGACCCCGUGGGUCUGUCAAUAGACUACGCUGAAAACAAGCUAUACUGGAUAAGCUCUGGAAAUGGAACCAUCAACAGAUGCAACCUAGAUGGCACUAACCUGGAGGCUCUAGAGACCAUGAAGAAGCACUUAACCCGAGCCACCGCUCUGGCAGUUAUGGGCGGGCAGCUUUGGUGGGCAGAUGAGAACUCGGCCCAGCUGGGAACGGUUGCUAAGAGAGAUGGACUGAACCCAAUGGUACUGCGCAACAGGACCGGCGGGGUGGUGCACAUGAAGGUUUAUGACCAGGAGACUCAAAAAGGGAGGAACCUGUGUCAGCUUAGCAACGGAGGCUGUGCCCAGCUGUGCCUGCCAACAUCAGAGAAGAGCCGCAGCUGCUCCUGCACUGUGGGCUACCACCUGCGCAACGACCGCACAUCCUGCGAAGGAAUUGGGACUUUCCUCUUGUAUACCAUCCAUGAAGGAAUUCGUGGACUUUCUCUGGAUCCGAAUGAUCCCACGGAAGCCCUGAUGCCAAUCACUGGAACCCUGUUUGCUGUGGGCAUGGACUUUCAUGCAGCAAAUGAUACGAUCUACUGGACGGACAUGGGCUUGAACAGAAUCUCACGAGUCAAACGGGAUCAGACUUGGAAAGAAGACAUCAUAACUAACGGGAUUGGCCGGGUGGAGGGGAUCGCAGUUGACUGGAUGGCUGAUAACCUCUACUGGACGGACCACGGCUUUAAUCUGAUCGAGGUGUCUCGGCUGGACGGCGAGUACCGCUCUGUAGUGAUCUCUCAGGGAUUGGACCAGCCUCGAGCAGUGGCACUGCAUCCCUUGAGGGGAUACAUGUUCUGGACAGAGUGGGGCGUUGCCCCGUGCAUUGGCAGGGCUCUCUUAGACGGCACAGAUCAAGUCCUGCUUGUUAACUCCGGAAUUGCUUGGCCAAAUGGAAUAUCCAUCGACUACGAGGAAAAUAAAUUAUAUUGGUGCGAUGCGCGGACGGACAAGAUCGAGAGGAUCAACCUGGAGAGCGGGGAAGGCCGUGAGAUUGUGCUGUCAGCAAGCAACCUGGACCUGUUUUCUGUCGCCGUCUUUGGGGCUUACAUCUACUGGUCUGACAGGGCUCACGCCAAUGGUUCAAUCAGAAGAGGGCUGAAGAGCAAUGCCACCGCGGUCGUGACCCUGCGGAGUGGCCUGGGGGUCAACCUGAAAGAUGUGAAAAUCUUUAACAGAGGCAGAGAGAAAGGUUCGAACCCCUGUGCUAGGAGCAACGGGGGCUGUGAGCAGCUGUGUUUCUACCAGGGCCGGGGUCGAAGGUCGUGCGGAUGCGCCCACGGCUUCCUGUCCCCAGAGGGGCUCCGCUGCCUUAGGUAUGAGGGCUACUUGCUCUACUCGGAGAGGACCAUCCUGAAGAGCGUCCACCUGUCGGACGAGACGGACCUCAACUCACCCAUCCGGCCCUACGAGAACCCCACCCUGUUCAGGAAUGUCAUCGCUUUGGCCUUCCACCACCGGCAUGGAGCCAUGGGAACCAACCGCAUCUUCUUCAGCGAUGUCCAUUUCGGGAACAUACAGAUGAUCGACGACGACUGGACGGGACACCGGGUCAUCGCAGAACACGUGGGCUCUGUUGAGGGCCUGGCGUAUCACCGGGCUUGGGACACUCUGUACUGGACCAGCUCCAGUACCUCCACCAUCACCCGCCACACCAUUGACCAGGCCCGCCGUGGGGCUUUCACCAGGGAGGCUGUGGUCACCAUGACCGAGGAGGACCGCCCCCACGUCCUCGCCCUGGAUGAGUGCCACAACUUGAUGUUCUGGACAAACUGGAACGAACAGAAUCCCAGCAUCGUAAGGUCGACUCUGGCGGGAAACAACGUGCAGAUAAUCGUAAGCACGGAGAUCCUGACACCCAGCGGACUCACCAUCGACCACAAGGCAGAGAAGCUCUACUUUUCCGACGGAAAUCUGGGGAAGAUUGAGAGAUGUGAAUAUGACGGAUCACAAAGACACGUCAUUGUGAAGUCAGAGCCAGGAAGCUUUUUCGGACUGGCUAAUUACGGGCACUUCAUCUUUUGGUCAGAUUGGGUGCGGAGAGCUGUAUUCCGUGCCAAUAAGUACACAGGUGGAGACACGACAGUGCUCCGAGCUGACCUGCCACACCAGCCAAUGGGCAUAGUAGCUGUUGCCAACGACACCAAUAACUGUGAAUCGUCACCUUGCAGAACAAUGAACGGGGGAUGCAGUGACCUUUGCCUUCUGACCCCAGAGGGCAGAGUGAACUGCAGUUGCAGGGGACAGCGUGUGCUAUUGGAUGAUUACCGAUGCGUGUCUGAAAACUCAUCUUGUAACAUCCACAGUCAGUUUGAAUGUGCAAACGGCGAAUGCAUCGACUACCAGUUAACGUGUGAUGGAAUAACGCAUUGCAAAGACAAGUCCGAUGAGAAAAUACAAUAUUGCGAUAACAGGGACUGUAGGAAAGGCUUCAGGCGUUGCCUUAAUCAGCACUGCGUGGCCAACGCGCGUUUCUGCGAUGGAGUGAACGACUGUGGAGAUCACUCAGAUGAGGCCUACUGCAACAACUCGACAUGCGGGGGCUCUGAGGCACGCUGUCGGGACGGGGCCUGUGUCCCGUCCUCCGCCUGGUGCAACCAGAUCAUCGACUGUGCUGACGCGUCUGACGAGAGGAGCUGCAAUUACACAGACUGCUGGGAUUUCUACAGGCUUGGGGUGAGAGAGAGUGGCUUCCUCAGCUGUAACUCCACCUCACUGUGCGUGCACCCCAGCUGGAUCUGCGACGGAGCCAAUGACUGCGGAGAUUACGCAGAUGAGUCAGACUGUCAGGUGUCCCAGAGACAGGUGUGUGCGGACGGCCAUUUUGCCUGCCCCGGGGGAAACUGCAUCUCCAGCGUGUGGCUGUGUGACGGGCAGAGGGAUUGUGAGGACGGGGCAGAUGAGUUUCAGUGUGAUUCGUCCUGCCUGUGGAACCAGUUUGCCUGCUCCAAAAACAAGUGCAUCGCCAAGCAGUGGCUGUGCGACGGAGAAGACGACUGUGGGGAUGGGCUGGACGAGAGUGAGGAGAUCUGCGGCUCAGUGACCUGUGCCCCGGGAUUGUUCAGCUGUCCCGGAUCAUACGCGUGCGUGCCGAAGCGCUGGCUCUGUGAUGGAGAAAGAGACUGUCCCGACGGCAGUGAUGAGCUUUCUGCUGCCGGCUGCGCUCCUAACAAGACAUGCAAUGAGAACUCCUUCCUGUGUCAGAACAAGGUCUGCAUCCCAUCCCGCUUCCUGUGUGACCAUGACGAUGACUGUGGGGACGGAUCUGACGAGCACUUGCAAUGCGCCUACCGCUCCUGCGGUCCGGACCAGUUCGGCUGUGCAGAUGGGAGGUGUCUGCUCAGUGCGAGGUGGGAGUGUGAUGGAGACGCAGACUGCCCGGAUCGUUCCGACGAGCCGCCCCUCAAUCCCAAGUGCUCGGCUGCAGAAAGCUUGUGCAACAGUUCCUUCUUCGUGUGUGGCGACGGGCGAUGCGUCCCCAGCGCCAGCAUCUGCGACCAGAAGUUGGACUGUGAAGACGGUGCUGACGAGCGGAACUGCAGCGUGAACGAGUGCUCGGACCGCAGACUGAGCGGCUGCACGCAGGACUGCCUGGACCUGCCCCUCGGAUACAAGUGCAAGUGCUGGCCUGGGUUCCACCUUAAGGAGGACGGAAGAACCUGUGUGGACAUUGAUGAAUGUUCAUCUACCCUCCCCUGCAGCCAACAAUGCAUCAACGUGUAUGGGUCUUACAGGUGUCUCUGCACAGAUGGCUAUGAAGCACCGACAAACAACCCAAAUAGUUGCAAGUCUCUUUCAGCCGAAGAACCAUUUCUGAUUCUUGCUGACCAUCAUGAAAUUCGGAAAAUAAGUCUUGAUGGGUCCAAUUAUAUGCUCCUGAAGCAGGGUCUGAGCAAUGUUGUGGCCAUAGACUUCGACUACAGGAAGGAGAUGGUGUACUGGAUCGACACGAGCAGACCCAGCGGACGGAGGAUUAAUAGGAUGCGGCUGAAUGGGAGCGACCUCAAGGUGGUUCAUCGGACGGCAGUUCCCAGCUCACUGGCGGUUGACUGGAUCGGCAAGAACCUGUACUGGUGUGACAUGGAGAGGAAAGCCCUGGAGGUGUCGAAGGUCAAUGGCCUGUACCCCACCAUCCUCCUGGGAUCAGGGCUGAGGAACCCUACAAACAUAGCGCUGGACACGCAAACUGCGUAUGUGUUUUGGAUAGACUGCUGCGAAUACCCCCACAUUGGCAGAACUGGUAUGGACGGGAGUGAUAGAGUCAUGUUGAUCGACACUGAAAUAAACAGCCCUGUCGCUUUAACCAUCGAUUACAUCAACAAGAGAGUGUACUGGGCUGACCGGAACCAAAUCUCGUUCGCAAACAUGGACGGCACAGGACGACGUGAGGUGCCUACCCACAGCAUCCAUGUCGUGAUGGGACUCACGCUCUUUGAGGACUACAUCUACUGGAUGGAUGGGAAAUCUAAGUCACUCAUCCGUGCACACAAAACAUCAGGGCUGGAGGCAGUGGAGCUGCUCAAGUCUUGGCAGGCCAUAACAGACAUAAAGGUGCAUCAUCCCUACCGGCAGCCUGACGUGCCCAAGCACCAGUGCCAGGUUGUGAACGGGGGCUGCAGCCACCUCUGCCUCCUCUCCCCGGGCGGCGGCUACAAGUGUGCCUGCCCCACAAACUUCUACCUGGCCGCUGACAGAAAGACCUGCCUGUCCAACUGCACCUCCAGCCAGUUCCGCUGCGGGACAGAUGAAUGCAUUCCGUUCUGGUGGAAGUGUGACACCGUGGAUGACUGCGGUGACGGAUCUGAUGAACCAGCAGACUGCCCUGAAUUCAAGUGCCAGCCAGGGCGGUUCCAGUGCGGGACAGGCCUCUGUGCACUCCCUCCUUUCAUCUGCGACGGCGAAAACGACUGUGGUGACAACUCUGACGAGGCCAACUGUGACACGUACACGUGUCUCUCCGGGCAGUUCAAAUGCACCAGGAAGCAGAAGUGCAUCCCGCUGAACCUGCGCUGCAAUGGGCAGGACGAGUGUGGUGACGGAGAAGACGAGACUGACUGCCCGGAAAGCACGUGCUCUCCAGACCAGUUUCAGUGUAAAUCCACCAUGCACUGCAUCUCCAAACUGUGGGUGUGUGACGAGGAUCCAGACUGUGCAGACGGAUCAGACGAAGUCGACUGUCAUGAGAAGACUUGUGGACCUCAUGAGUUCCACUGUAAAAACAACAACUGCAUCCCCGACCACUGGAGGUGUGAUGGCCAGAGUGACUGUGGAGACAACUCAGAUGAGGAGAACUGCAAGCCAGUCACCUGCACCUCCAAGGACUUUGUCUGCACCAAUGGAGAGUGCAUUUCCGCACGAUUCCGCUGCGAUGGAGAUUACGACUGUGCCGACAAUUCAGAUGAGAAGGCCUGUGAGGCAGGCUGCUCAGACCAGCAGUUCCAGUGCUUGAACAGCCUGUGCAUCUCCCUCAAAUGGGUUUGUGAUGGACAGGAGGACUGCAAGAUGGGGGAAGACGAGACCAACUGUCACAGCAGCGUGGCCCCUUCUUGCUCCCCGAAUGAGUAUUACUGUGCGGAGGGAGGCUGUGUGCUGGCGAGCCUCAGGUGUGACGGGCGUGUCGACUGCGUGGAUGGGUCCGAUGAGGUGGACUGUGUUAGGGAAUGUGGGGAGGACCAGUUCCUGUGUCAGAACCGUGCUCACUGCAUCCCAAUGCGCUGGCGCUGUGACGAUGUGCUGGACUGUGUGGACCACAGCGACGAGGAGAACUGCCAACACGAUGCGUACUCGUGCCGUGCAGAUGAAUUUGUGUGCAACAACAGCCUGUGCAAGCUGCUCGUCUGGGUGUGCGACGGGGAGGACGACUGUGGGGACAACUCUGAUGAAGACCCUGAGAUGUGCGGAAAGUUUCCCUGUCCUGCCACGAGACCGUACAGGUGCCAGAACAACAGGGUGUGCCUGCGGAGGGCGCAGGUGUGUGACGGCGUGGAUGACUGCGGGGACAGCUCUGACGAGGAGGACUGUGUGGGCGUGGCCAGGAGACCCAGGCCGUGUGGAAAGGUGGAGUUGGCCUGCAGUGACCAGCGCUGCAUCCCCAGCCGGCUGCAGUGCGACCUCUUUGAUGACUGUGGAGAUGGAGGCUCCGAUGAGCAGGACUGCAAGGCCGUUCUCACUGACGAUGUUUGUAGAGGAAAGAUAAACCCAUGUGGUGAAGAUGCGGUUUGCAACCAAACAAGAGCUGGCACCAUCUGUCAGUGCAAACCAGGCUUUCAGAGAGACCAGACAAACGGACGCUGCGGAGAAGUGAAUGAAUGUCUGCAGUUUGGAGUGUGUUCUCACCACUGCACUAAUACUAAGGGAUCCUUUAAGUGCACAUGCAACAAGCACUUCAUACAAAUCAAUGACAGCUGUGUAGCAAAAGGACCAGAAGAUGAGGUGCUCUGCAUAGCUAAUGACACUGAAAUCCGAGGUUUUGUGUAUCCAUUUAACCAGAGCCAUGGACACAAACAACUAGCUCGCAUCGAAGACAAUGCCCGAAUCGUUGGAAUGGACGCUAUGUUUCACCAAAACAGGUUUAUCUGGGCUACCCAGUUUAACCCUGGGGGAAUUUUUUACAAAGACAUCCUAGACAGAAGUCAGUCUAAAACUAAUAGCGGAAUCAUUUGUCCUGAUUUUCGGAGGCCCAGAGAUGUGUCAGCUGACUGGGUGACGGGAAACAUCUAUUGGACGGACCACUCCCGGAUGCACUGGUUUAGCUAUUACACAGCCCAUUGGACCAGGCUGCGGUACUCCAUUAAUGUGGGCCACCUGGGGGGAGAGAGCUGCACUCGUAUUGUGACGGAUAUCGCUGGAGAGCCUUACGCCAUCGCCGUGAACCCAGUGCGUGGGAUGAUGUACUGGACAGUGAUUGGUGAUCACUCACACAUUGAAGAGGCGGCCAUGGAUGGAUCAAUGCGCCGGAUCCUGCUGGAGAAGAACCUUCGGAGGCCAACAGGAUUGGCAGUGGAUUAUUUUAGCCAGCGUUUGUACUGGGUGGAUGUGGAGCUCUCUUCAAUAGGAAGUGUGCGUUUCGACGGGUCUGAUUCUCAGCUGACCAUCAGCAGCAGACAUGGGAUAUCUCAGCCGUUCAGAAUAGACAUAUUCCAGGACUAUAUCUAUGGGGUGGGGCUGAAAAAUGACAUUUUCCGGGUCCAUAAGUUUGGUAGAGGACCUGUGGAGAGUCUGGCUUUAGCAGUUGAGAAGGUCACCAGCGUCCUGCUCAUCCAUCCACUCAAGCAACAACCAGUGCCAAACCCUUGUGUGAAGAUGAGCUGUGACUUCCUGUGUCUACUGAACCCUGGGGGUGCACGCUGCUCCUGCCCAGAGGGCAAAGCUCUGCGCAAUGGGUCCUGCAGCGACAUCACAACGUCAGACGAGCUCUGUCACCCAGCCUGCGAAAACGGUGGCCGCUGCCUGGCCAAUGAGAGGGGAGACUGGAGGUGCUUCUGCUGGCCCAACUUCUCCGGCCAGCACUGCGAGGUCAGCCACUGCACACACUACUGCCUGAAUGGAGGAACCUGCACCAGCUCUCCUCUUGGGCGGCCCACAUGCCGCUGUGCUGUGGGGUUCACAGGGCCCUAUUGUGAGAAGCGUCUGUGUGAGGGUUACUGCCUGAACGGGGGCAGCUGUGAGGUCAGACCGGGGAACCAGCCUGUGUGCCGCUGCAUGGCAGAGUACACCGGAGACCGCUGUCUAUACCAUAUCUGCCAUCACUACUGUGUGAACUCACAGGCCUGCACCAUGUCCAGCAGCGGCCAUGUGGAGUGUGUGUGUCCUGUGAGGUAUGAGGGGCCCAAAUGCCAGGUGGAUCGGUGUGGAAGGUGCCAUGGGGCGCCCUGCAUCAUCCACCAGGAGAGCGGCAGUGUUAGCUGCAACUGCACUAACGGCAGGAUCGCCUCCAGCUGUCAGCUGUGUGACGGCUACUGCUACAACGGCGGCACCUGCCACCUCGACUCCGAGACCAACCUGCCUUUCUGCCACUGCACUGCCGGGUUCAAAAACCAGCGCUGUGACGAGCGAGCCAACCCCUGCAGUUACUACUGUCAGAAUGAGGGGAUGUGCAUGCUGACUGCCCUUAACAAACCCCGCUGCAAGUGUUCGGCCAACUGGUCAGGUACGCAGUGUGAGAGGCCCGCCCCCAAGAGCAGCCGGUCCGACAGUGGCAACGGAAGCAGCAUAGCCAUCAUCGUCCCUCUCGUCUUACUGCUGACAUUAAUAACCACAGUGGUGGCAGGGGUCUUCAUCUGUAGGAGACGACAAAGGCACAAGAGAGUGAAGCGACAGCCCAUGACCAAUGGAGGAAUAAAUGUGGAGAUUGGAAACCCCUCCUACAACAUGUACGAGCUGGACCAUGACAACCACACAGACGCUGGGAGCCUCCUGCAGCCACAUUUUAGACUGGACCCACAUAAGGGCUGGUGUGUUCAGUCUAGUGAUGCCCGAAACCUGCAGACGCACCCCAACUCAAAGGAGAUUAUUCCAGGAAAGCCCAUGAACUACUCUAAUCCAGUGUACAGGAUGUAUCACGAUGGGCAGAACUGUGGAAAACCGAUGGUGAAUAUCGCAGAGAGGAGAGAGCUGCUCCCAAAGAAACUGGAGGUCUUGAUCCAGGAAACGGCCGCAUAGCCUGAAACUUCAUGCCUCCUUUUUUAUGAGCUGUAUAAAUGUACAAAAGGGAAAAUACAUUUCUAUGUCCUAUCAGGUUCUGAUAUCACUGACUUGUUUGUUUGCUAUAAAUAUUACCUCUUUGUUUCACUCAUGUGCUGAGAAUUACUGACAGUAAAGCGCUGCUGAUUCACAGAUGACCUUAUACACCUAUAUCAAUAACAUGGGCUGAAGUGAAAAAUCAUUUUUGUUUUCCAGUAGUGUAGUUCUUCCAAUUACUAAAUGUAUUUUGUUUUUCUAUUUCUAAGAUUAACUGCCAGUUAUGUCUGUUUUUACUUGACUGUAUUCUGCUCAUGUGUGACAUACACGUACUUACAUACACAUAAUUGUCCAUGCUCAUCAUUUUCUGUUGUUUUUCUAUCACCAUUUUGUCAGGCUUAUUCUUAUUUUAAUGCUGUUAUGCUUUGUUUGUUUCAGAAUACAAGUUUUUCAGAAAAAAUACUCAUGUGCCAUUUAUUGUACCAAACUGUGCCAAUGUAUUAUUCAUAACUGCUUAUUCACUUUAAUUGAGAUUUGACACCAGAUUUUUCUCUAAUUGCAAUUAUUUAAAAAUAAUUAAUGUACUGUAUAUUCCAUACAUUCUAGUGUUGAAAUAAAAAAUGAAAUGUUCCAUGUCCUACAGGUAAUACACAAAUAACAAAUAAUGCAUAUCAAAUAAUGCAUCGGUGACAUGCAUCUAUUACAACUUUACAAUGUACGCACUGAUUUAUUUAACAUUUUGGUAGAUUCACAUCCACAUUUGGAGACACACAAAAAGUAUUGCAAUUUUAUAAAUCAUGUUAAGUUUA